AUCCACAAGGCUCACAAUCCCCAGAGGCAAGAGAAGACUGUAGGAAGGUCAUUCAUAUUGCAAAUCACACUGUCUCCACAGGACCUGCAGGGCUCUAGGAAGACAGAACUCCUUCCUUCUACCUCCCUGACACUACUUCAGGGUGAUUAAGGCAGCAGACGCACUCUGGAUGGAUUUCAUUGCUGGGGCCAUUGGAGGUGGCCUAAGCACAGCCGUGGGUUAUCCACUGGACACAGUGAAGGUGAGAAUUCAGACUGAGAAGCAUUACAAAGGGUUUUGGCACUGUGUUCAAGAAACGUACAGGACAGAAAAAAUUUGGGGAUUUUACAAAGGUGUGUCUGCAUCAGUCCUUGCCGUAUCAGCAGUUUCUUCUGUUUCCUUUGGCACAUACAAGAACUUCCUCUGUACAAUCUGCAAGCUGCGAUACGGGGCUGCAGAUGCAAAGCCAUCCAAGCUGGAUGUUUCCCUUGCUGGAGCUGUUGCUGGUGCUGUCCGGGUUGUGUUGACAAACCCCAGUGAAGUGGCUAAAGUUCGGAUGCAGACUCAGAGAAAUCCACACCCUUCUGUCACAUCUCAGCCUGUUUCCAAACCAAAGUACCAAGGGUCUCUGCACUGUCUGAAGGUGAUCACCAAGGAGGAAGGUUUUGGGGGUCUCUACAAGGGUUGCUCUGCAUUACUCUGCAGGGAUUGCUCUGCUUCUGCAGUAUAUUUCCUUUCCUAUUCUGCUCUGUGUGACUGGCUCACACCAGCUGGGAAAGAUAAACCAGGUUUCCUCGUUGUGCUGCUUUCUGGGGGUUUUGCUGGAGUCCUGGCCUGGGGAUUAGCUACUCCCAUGGAUGUCAUCAAAUCACGGAUGCAAAUAGAUGAAUCGGACCAGCAUAAGUACAAAGGCCUGAUCCACUGUGUUAGGGAAAGUGUGAGAAAGGAGGGUGCAAAAGUGCUUUUCAAAGGACUGGGUUUAAACUGCAUUCGUGCCUUUCCUGUGAACAUGGUAGUUUUUGUAACGUAUGAAGCUGUACUGAGAUUUACAGAUCGUUAUAUAAGCAAAAAAUAGCUCGUUCUAUUCUUUUCAGAGGUGUAUCUUGUUUGUUAUUCCUUUUUGUAAUACAACAUCCACAAUCAACUGCUGAAUUGAUGGACAGCAUAAGACAUUUCAGCACAAAGCUGAUGACUGAUGGCUUUGUUUCAUUCCAAUAGGAUUACAAACUCAUCAGGGAGCCUUGGAUUCAUAUACAACCUCCCAUUUAUCUCGUUAAAGUAUUUAGACUGUAGCUGCUGCUUUGGCCCUUGAAACAUUUGGGAAUAUUUAUGUUCUAACAAGCUGCUUGUCUGAUCAGAGGUUUUGGUAAAGUACUUAAUUUUGUUUUCUACCAGCCCAGAAAAUGAUCCUCACGACCAAAGCAAGAGCUGGGGGGAGUUUGUGUAAGAUUUAACACUAUUCAGCCUGCGCUCUUUACAUGUAAUGCCUGCACUGCAUUCACUGAGUGACUUACAUAUUUGUGCUUCAGGCUGUAACUUCACUUUCCCAGCUGUAAUUUUCCCAGAGUACUCUACAGUUAUAUCCCCUUGGCAGCAGCUGAAAUAUGAAUGUCCUUGCUUUUCCCUGUUGCUAUUUAAUGAGUGGCAGGCAUGGUCUGUUUACAUAACCAGCUAAUGGCCUCACUGCAGUGACGCCAGGCACGGUUUCCCGGCAGCCACGUGAUUUUCUCCCAGAGCCCUACACAGCAUCAGGCCUCUCACAGAGGCCUAUGGAACAGCAUCUCUCUGAGCUUGGCACAGAUUUGGAGGCAAUCUGUUCUCAUCCUGUAGGGAGGGUGGGAAUAGAUGCAAAGCCUCUUUGCUUUCUCAAAGGAAAGGCUGCUGUAAAAUCUGCGCACUAGCGGGGUUAGGCAAGUUAAAGGAGAGUUGCAAAGCUGUAGAGCAUAAUUAAGAUUUACAGCUUUCAAAAGUGCAUACUCUUCUCCCUUUAAAUGAUGCUGUUAGGAGCAGCCAAAUGUUAUUUUAUCAAAGGUAUAUUUUGAAAGAAUUUAUUACUUCUUUCUCAUCUUCCUAUUACUUCUUUUUCAUUACUUUUUCCUACUUUUCAUUAACAUGCCAAUUGAAAAAAACAACACCCAUGCUAUUGCUUCAGAAGGAAACCCCUAAUCCCAGAAAUACUUUAGUUUGCUCAUCCUGCCUCAGGGGCCACAUAUAUGCUUUCUCUCUCUGUUUUAAUCCCUGCACGAUGACACUUGGAGUGGACUGGAUCCAACCCCUCUCACAUUCAGCUAAAAAUGCGUUUCUUGGAGGGGACGGGGAGUACUAUAUUUUAAAAGGAGUACUCAUAUUCAGGACCCUUCUGGUCCACAGACACUUUCAUCAGUUGAUGGCAUAGCUUUGACUACACUGACAGUAAUUUUGCAGCAGACUUGACAGCUGCCCUGGACACACAGAAAACGAUCUUGUAUUAGAACGACAAAUUUAAAGAUUUCAGGUGCUACUAGACAAGAAUAAAGGGGACCUCUUCCACUCCAGACAGAGACCACUAAAAAGGUCCACAACUGUACUCCUGAAACCUAAGCCUUCAACUGGCCUUUUAAACAUGUUUACAGCCUUGCUAUCAAACAAGCAUCAUAAUUCUCUCAAGUCUACCCAGCUCUUGCAGUUGGUCCAAGAGCAGAGUUAAAAGACCAGGCAGGUGCACAGUAUGUCACCUUAAGGGGGAAUGAAAUUAAAGACCCAGCACUGAACUGGAUUUUCUCCACAGUACUUAUGGCCCCAGCAACCUACCACCCCUGGUUACAGCUUUGAGUGUCAGCACCAAACUUCCUUUAGUCAGGAAGUCCUUACAACUGAAGAUUUAAUUAAGUCCUCAAGCUCUGGAAAUCCUCUUAAGAUAGCUCUUAAGAGUCUACUACCCUCACGUUUUUAUACAAGGGAUGGAUUUAACUGAGUGCUAUCCCAGCUGGACAGUGAUUUAACCCAGCUCUGCCUGGAUGUUUGUAAUCAAACUCCUUUAUGCUGCUUUAUUCUCAGCUGACCUUGUUCCCAGGCAUUACAUCCCCUGAGCAGAGCCAGUAAAAGAAUGCCUGCAAAACAGACUAAACAACCACUUAUUGUUAGGCAGCACUGAUACCACCCAUGGCCAGCCCAAGGUUUGAAUAUUAACUAGCUCAUCUUUCUCGAUAGGCUCACGCAUUCAAAUGACUAAAAAUGCUUCCUCCUGUGAGUGGAACUGAACAGCUGAUUUUGAGACAGGAAUUACAGAUGAGUUGUAAAUAUGAGUGGGAAUAAUUGCAGAAGCCAGUAAGAGGGGCUGAGAACUGUAAGCCUUGGGGCAUUCAGCACCAUAUGUAAGCCAUGUGGCCUGAACAAAUGCUACAUGAGAAGCAAAUUGCAUCUCCAGGCAGCCUAUUUCAGGAAGGUAAGGCCUUUGCAAUCCAUCCUGUUCACAACCCUUUACUGGGAAAAAUACGUGUACAAUGUAUGGGUGAAAACCUGCCCUAGAGUAAGAACUCACUCGCAGCUAAUUCACGCUGAUACACACACCACUAGCUACAGGAACUGACUGCAAGUGCUGUAAACACAGGCACAUAAAUAUCAACCAAUUUGUGUUUUCUGACAU